CGGCUACAGCGCACGCAUCGAGAGAAAAUAGCCCGCUUGCAGCCCGUGUGCCGACGCUAGGCAGGCGCUUCCUUCUUCCUCUAGAUCCCGUGCGUCCCCAUCAAUUCGCGCCAAAUCGAUUCCUUCCCGCGGCAAAUCGACCUCCGCCGCGCCAAAUCGGUUCCUUCCCGCGGCAAAUCGGCCUCCGCCGCGCCAAAUCUCCCUGCCUCCCCUACAAAUCAAGCCCCCCUGUCAAAUCACUGCCAAUCCACCAAAAUUAUCCCCAAAUAGGCACAAGAACCCUAGACGCCAAGAGUGCCGGCGGCGCCCACAGCGAGAUGGCCGGAAAGUCCAAGAGGACAACUGCACCGGUGCCUCCGGAAUCCCCAUGGCCGACGGCUCAACCCGUCCAGCCACCAGCAGCUCAGCCCGUCCCUCCGGCAAUGGCUCAAUCCAUCCCGCUGCCGGCCAUCCCUUCCAUGUUUGCAAGUGGCUCAUGGUUACCACCACGACCACCACAGUCCAUGGCAGCCUCCUCCCCACCGUGCUGGCUCGCUGGGGUAGCUCAACCGAGCGAUUUUUUGGCUCAAGGUUCUUGGUGGACACCGCCUGCUGGAACUGGUGGCUCAGCACAACCUACACCCCCGGCUGGGAAUCUUGAGGCGUAUAAUCUGCAAGCUUGGGGAUUUGAUUCUCAUUCACCUGGUGAUUUCCCCAGUUUCUUUGCGAACACAUCAAGCCACACACAGGCUGUGGAAAAUGGAACUUCAUCGCAGCCAAUCAAUGUUGGCGAUAACGCCAAUGGUGAUGAUUGUACAAGGACUGAAAAACGCUUGCUAUGGACAAAAGAGGAGGAUCUUAGAUUGGUCAGUGCUUGGUUGAAUAAUUCAAACGAUCCAAUCCAAUCAAAUUACCGGAAGAACGAGCAAUAUUGGAAAGAGGUUGCUGCUGUCUACAACAGUACCACCCCAAAAAACAGGGCAAGGCUAGUCAAGCAUGUGAAGGAUCGCUUUGCAAAAAUUAAGAAAAAGGUUGCAUGGUUUUGUGCAAGCUGGAAGGAGGCUAAUGCUUUGUAUGCUAGUGGCGAAUCUGAUGUAGAUUUGAAGAAGAGGGCAAUGCAAACUUAUGAGGAAGAUCACAAAGAAGAUGGCCCAUUUAUGUUUCAUCAUUGUUGGGAGGUUCUCAAAAAGGAACCAAAAUGGGAUGCAUAUUUGGAGCGCCUUGAAGAUCUGGAGCCAGAGAGGAGAAAGUUUAGUGUUGAUGAUGAAGUGGGGAAGCAUUUCACUCUAGACGAUGCUCGAGAUGAACGACCACCGGGUGGCAAGCAAGCUAAGGAGCAGCGGAAACGAAAAAGAAAGGGUGAAAGUUGUAUAAUAGAUCUUGACGAUGAGCUUAGCAAGUUUGUAGAUGCUCAGACUGCAGCAAAUGAAGGCCGCAAAGAGAUGUUAGAGACACAAAGGCGUGUGUCUAGUGAGAAUCUUGAAGCUCGGAAGCUUGCGUGCGUUGGAGCUAAAGAUCGCAAGGAGUCAGUCAUGCUAGAGACUUAUCGGCCGUUGAUGAUGCAAGACACAACUCAAAUGCCCGAAGAUGUGAGAUCUGAGCACGUGUUGGCAUUGAAGUGUUUCAGGGAGAGGUUAUUUGGCAAUACUGACUAAGUGGUUGAAGGUUGUUGAUGAAUGGUUAGUUGUUCCUUUGUACCGAAGCUCGAACAAUGGCUUUGUGCCUUUAUCGUUGUCAAGAUCAAACUAAUGUCCUUUUGCUGGAGACCGUAUUUAGUAUUUUGUUUGGUUCACUCUUUGUUCUAAACAGUACACACUCUUUGUUCUAAACAGUCAUGUAAUGUUUUAAGUGUCGAUGUCAUGGUGUUAUGUGAUAUUAGCUUGUCUCUCCUUAUCGUCAAGAUCAAACCUAUAAUGAAUUGUUUGUCACGGAUCUUAUUUAGCAUUUGUUUGUUAUUUGCUUA